AUGGCCGCCUCUCAGGAAUUCACCACCUUCUACCUGCAGCGGACCACCCAAGAGUUUGCUGAGGACCUCGACAAGGUCCGUGAGGCGGACGACUUCAAAGCCGAAUCGUUGCCGUUCCUCAUCCAUGCUCUGAAGCAAGGCACCGCUCUCUACUCCAGCGCGGACCAGGCGCGUGUCGUACGUCCUGCUGCUACCGCAACAACAGCCGCUGAAGAUGAGGACGGGGAUGUAGACAUGGAGGAGCCGCAACCGGAAAAAGAAACCAUCAGUCGCAAGAAGGAGAAGAGCAAGCGGAAGAAGUCCUCGACUUGA